ACCGCGGCUGUCUCGGCCGCCGCGGUCGGUAGUCGCCAUGGACUUUCCGUGGGAUGAGCUGGCUCUGGCCUUCUCCCGCACGUCCAUGUUCCCCUUUUUUGACAUCGCCCACUAUCUAGUGUCCCUGAUGGCGCUGAAGCGUAAGCCGGGAGCAGUGGAAGUGGCAUGGAAGAAUCCUAUUUCAAGCUGGCUUACUGCUAUGCUCCAUUGCUUUGGUGGAGGAAUUUUAUCUUGUAUACUGCUUGCAGAGCCUCCAUUGAAGUUUCUUGCAGACAACACUAAAAUAUUACUGGCAUCUUCAAUCUGGUAUAUUAUUUUUUUUUGCCCAUGGGACCUGGUUUCCCAGGGCUAUUCAUUCCUACCUGUUCAACUCUUGGCUGCAGGAAUGAAGGAAGUGACCAGAACUUGGAAAAUAGUAGGUGGAGUCACACAUGCUAAUAACUAUUACAAAAAUGGCUGGAUAGUCAUGAUAGCUACUGGAUGGGCCCGAGGUGCAGGUGGUACCAUUAUCACACAUUUUGAGCAGUUGAUAAAAGGAGAUUGGAAACCAAAAGGUGAUGAAUGGCUGAAGAUGUCCUACCCUUCCAAGGUGACCCUGCUGGGGUCAAUUAUCUUCACAUUCCAGCACACAAAGCAUCUGGCAAUAUCAAAGCAUAAUCUUAUGUUCCUUUAUACCAUCUUUAUUGUGGCCACAAAGAUAGCCAUGAUGAUUACAGAGACUUCUACUGUGACUUUUGCUCCUUUUGAGGAUACAUUGAGUCGGAUGCUAUUUGGCUGGCAGCACCAGUUUCCAUCACAUGAAAAGAAAAGCAAAACCAAAUCAACUUCCAAUGGCACUGGUUCAACGGCCUCAAAACCUACAGCGGAUGCUUCAGAUAAGGUCAAAAAGAAGCAUACUAAGAAGACUGAGUAAAUUUGCUUGAGGAGCUAUAGAAGACAGAUUUUUUUUUCUUUCAUAUCUACCUGGCAGAUUGUGAUUAUAUUACUAUGUAGAUGAUGUGAAAUAAAGAUUAUAUAUUAUGGAGGUGACAAAAAGAAAUUCUUUGUGUUUCAGGAAGACUACCCCUUUCUGGAUUGUAAUUCUUGAGUGUUAUGAGUGUAUAAUGUGAAUUUGUUUUUCUGAUUUAAAAGAUUCUGUUGUGCUUAAAAUUUGAAUAGUUUUAUAUUGAUAAAAGAAAGCUUUAUUUUUUUAAAUGUUAGAGAAAGUAGAACUAUCACUGCAAAAUAACAAACAUGUAAAGCUUUUUUGAAAUUUAGGUAUUUUUGUACAUAUUUUUUAUUUGAAUCUAUUUGAGCUUUAGUUUAACAGAAUCAAACUUUUACUUCAG